CUGUUAAGUUUUUGUGGUUGGUGGCUGAAGGUAUUGCCAUAUUUCCUUGUUGAAUUAAACUAUAGUUUUUAUAAAAUAAACACAAUGGCCAUGGCUAAUCUGGAUAAAGGUGAAAUCAUGGAUCAGAUGAAGCAACAGAUUGCUGUUGCAAACGCCCAGGAGCUGCUCAACCAAAUGACGCAAAAGUGCUUCAAAAAGUGUGUUAAUAAGCCGGGAACUUCUCUCGAUUCUUCGGAACAGAAAUGCAUUUCCAUGUGCAUGGACCGGUUUAUGGACUCGUGGAACCUCAUCUCUCGGACGUAUGGCCAAAGAUUACAGCGCGAACAAUCCAAGUUCUAGAGGCACACACCGGCGUCUGCAUUUGGGCCAGAUCGGACUAACUAUAUCUGCCAGCAAUUGAUUAGUUGUAAUAUAUACAGUUUAAUAAUGCAAUAAAAACAUGCAUUGCGUGUGUUACGUGAUUCUGAUAACAACGUG